AAGACGUAACAGUGGCCCCUCUCCACAAGCGAACAGCUAGGAAGCCCCUCAAGUCACAGAGAGAACUUGUGCUGCGCGCGGACACACCUUGUCCACGCGGGGCGGGGCUGCCGGGGUGGGGGAAAAGGCACGCGCAUUGUCCCGCUCACGCAGUUCCUGGUCGCUCGGCUCGCGUGCCAUUGCCGCUCGAAACUCAGGAAAGUUUGAGACGCGGGAGAAAGUGUGCAGAAGUGCGCGGAGACAAGACGCGCGGAUACAUAGCCCACAAGCCGCUCACGCAAAGUUCACGGAGAGCCCCGCCGACGCUUCAGCGGCCCACGUCGCCGUCGUGUGUCGCCCGGCCAGAGCAGAGCCCGUCUUGCCGCUCCUCCAUUUUGUUCCUGCUCUUCCUUGUUGCUGAAUCAGUGAGAACAUGACAAGCAUUAAUACAGCCAAUAUCAAUUUCAAAUGGGAUCCAAAAAGCCUGGAGAUUCGAACUCUGGCAGUGGAGAGGUUACUUGAGCCCCUGGUGACCCAGGUCACUACCCUGGUGAACACCAGCAACAAGGGGCCAUCUAAUAAGAAGAAGGGCCGGUCCAAGAAAGCCCAUGUCCUCGCAGCUUCGGUGGAGACAGCCACUCAGAACUUCCUGGAGAAGGGGGACAAGAUUGCCAAAGAAAGUCAGUUUCUAAAGGACGAGCUCACGGCUGCAGUGGAGGAUGUGCGCAAGCAAGGCGAAGUGAUGAAAACCGCCUCGGGGGAGUUUGCGGAGGACCCCUGUUCGUCUGUGAAGAGGGGGAACAUGGUGCGCGCUGCCCGUGCCCUGCUCUCUGCUGUUACUCACCUGCUGGUUUUGGCUGACAUGGCUGAUGUCUACAAGCUACUGGUGCAGCUCAAACUGGUGGAGGAUAACCUGGUGAAGGUGCGUAAUGCAGGCACCGAACAGGAUCUUGGCAUUCAGUACAAGGCCCUGAAGCCUGAAGUGGACAAGCUGAAUAUGAUGGCUGCCAAAAGACAGCAGGAGCUGAAAGAUGUCCACCAUAGAGACCAGAUGGCAGCAGCACGUGGCGUGCUGCAGAGAAACAUCCCCAUGCUGUACACAGCCUCUCGUGCCUGUCUCCAGCACCCCGAUGUGGCUGCAUACAAGGCCAAUCGCGACCUCAUCUAUAAACAGCUCCAGAGUGCGGUUGCGGGCAUCUCUAAUGCUGCCCAGGCCACUGCUUCUGAGGAUUAUGCCUUAAACCAGUCUGCUGGUGCUGGAGAACUCGCCUACGCCCUCAAUAACUUUGAUAAACAGAUCAUUGUGGACCCUAUGAGCUUCAGCGAGGAGCGGUUCCGGCCUUCCCUGGAAGAACGCCUGGAGAGCAUCAUCAGCGGAGCUGCCCUCAUGGCCGAUUCAUCCUGCACCCGUGAUGACCGCAGGGAGCGCAUUGUAGCGGAGUGCAACUCAGUCCGGCAGGCAUUACAGGAUCUUCUAUCUGAGUACAUGGGCAACGCUGGAAGAAAGGACAGGAGUGAUGCUCUUAACUCAGCCAUUGACAGGAUGACUAAAAAGACACGGGAUCUCCGCAGACAGCUGCGGAAGGCAGUAAUGGACCAUGUGUCGGACUCUUUCUUGGAGACCAACGUCCCACUGCUGGUCCUUAUUGAAGCUGCCAAGAAUGGCAAUGAAAAAGAGGUGAAGGAGUAUGCCCAAGUGUUUCGAGAACAUGCCAACAAGCUCAUUGAGGUUGCCAACCUUGCCUGCUCCAUCUCCAACAACGAGGAGGGAGUGAAGCUUGUCCGGAUGGCUGCUUCCCAGCUGGAGACUCUCUGUCCCCAGGUGAUUAAUGCUGCUCUAGCCCUAGCUGCUAAACCCAACAGCAAAGUGGCGCAGGACAACAUGGAUCUGUUCAAAGAGCAGUGGGAGAAGCAAGUGCGUGUGCUCACAGAUGCUGUAGAUGACAUCACUUCCAUAGACGACUUCCUUUGUGUGUCUGAAAACCACAUCCUGGAGGACGUGAACAAAUGCGUCAUCGCCCUGCAGGAGAAGGACGUGGAUGGGCUUGACCGCACAGCCGGGGCCAUCCGAGGGAGAGCUGCCAGAGUGGUCCAUGUGGUCACCUCAGAAAUGGACAACUAUGAACCAGGAGUUUACACAGAGAAGGUGCUGGAAGCCACCAAGCUCCUGACAGACACAGUGAUGCCUCGUUUCACUGAGCAAGUGGAAGCGGCAGUGGAGGCCCUGAGUGCCAACCCGUCACAACCAGUCGACGAGAAUGAAUUCAUCGAUGCUUCCCGCCUCGUGUACGAUGGCAUCCGUGACAUAAGAAAGGCUGUGUUGAUGAUCAGGACCCCAGAGGAACUGGAUGACUCGGACUUUGAGACAGAGGACUUUGACGUGCGCAGCAGGACCAGCGUGCAGACGGCGGAUGACCAGCUCAUCGCUGGGCAGAGUGCUCGGGCAAUUAUGGCUCAGCUUCCCCAGGAGCAGAAAGCCAAAAUUGCAGAGCAGGUGGCCAGCUUCCAGGAAGAGAAGAGCAAGCUGGACGCUGAAGUGUCCAAGUGGGAUGACAGUGGCAAUGACAUCAUUGUUCUGGCUAAGCAGAUGUGUAUGAUAAUGAUGGAGAUGACAGAUUUCACCAGGGGUAAGGGACCUCUGAAGAAUACAUCGGAUGUGAUCAGUGCUGCAAAGAAGAUUGCAGAAGCUGGAUCACGGAUGGACAAGCUGGGUCGCACCAUUGCUGAUCAGUGCCCAGACUCUGCAUGCAAGCAAGACCUCCUGGCCUACCUUCAGCGCAUUGCCCUGUACUGCCACCAGCUGAACAUCUGUAGCAAAGUGAAGGCCGAGGUCCAGAACCUCGGCGGAGAGCUUGUCGUCUCUGGGGUGGACAGUGCCAUGUCCUUAAUUCAAGCUGCCAAGAAUCUGAUGAAUGCCGUGGUGUCUACAGUGAAAGCCUCUUACGUGGCCUCCACUAAGUACCAGAAGGUGCAGGGCAUGCAGUCGCUCAAUAUGCCUGCCGUCUCCUGGAAGAUGAAGGCCCCCGAGAAGAAGCCCUUGGUCAAACGUGAGAAGCAGGAUGACGGGCAGACUAAAUUGAGGAGGUCGUCCCACAAGAAGCAUGUCAAUCCUGUGCAGGCCCUCAGCGAGUUCAAAGCCAUGGAUAGCAUCUGACCUGUGCUUUGUCCCCCUUUUCUUAGUGAAAUUGCUCACUGGUAUGUGAUAUGCUUUAAAAUGUAUCUAUAUUUUUAAUUUUCACUUGGGGCUUUAAAGCUGCCUGCUUUGAUAGAAAGUCUCUCUGAUUGACAGAAAAAGACAUUUGGCAGACCACCAUACUCCGCUGCCUUCCCAAAACAGACAAUCGGUAGUUACACAAGGUUUUUGUACCUCAGCUAUUUACAAGGGAGAUUGACAUUUUCAUGCAGUCCUGUUUAGCAAUAUGGUUUAUUUUGCGGUAUUUUAUUUACUUGGUUUGCCAUCUGCUAUAUGUUUUAUACAAAAUUUUAGCUACUUCUUGAUCCCUUAUAAUAGGCUUUAUAAAAGAGUAAUAAAGCAGUAGAGUUUACGGCCUUCCUUAAUUUUCUUCUGAAACAAUUAUACUACAUGUAGAAUGAGUGAGUUCAUUAUUUGGUUCAACACUGAAUUUCUAUAUUUUUCUCUUUAUGUAAUAAACCUAAUUGUCUUUAUGCAGUCGCCUUAGGAAACUUACUUUUAGUGGGUUAGACCAUUUAGUUACACCUUACUGCUUCCUGUCUGACAUACUCCAUUAUUAAAAUGUGUCUAAUUGUUGAUGCUUUACGUGUUUUACAGUAUGAACAUGUACUCUGUGCAUAACCAGUUUAAAUCAUCAGUGAGACCAGGCUUAAUCUAUAAAUCUCUUCUACGUUCUGUGCUCUAACUUAAAAAUUAAUAGAAACUGGAAAGUUUUUCAUAUUUAUCUUCUUCCUUGAAUGUUUAUAUUUUAUUAACCAGUGACAGGAGAUUGUUUGAGGCUGAACCUUCACAUCUCUCUCCCCCCUGCAGGGCAAGUAGCCAUGCAAAGUUAACACUAUGUAUGUGCCCUGAAUGGUUAAAACUCUUGGUCUUUAUGCCUUAUUAAUCAACUGAAAAGGUGUUUUUUUUUCUCCCCCCCCCCCCCCCCCCCCCCCCCUUUUUUUUUUCUUGUAGCAAAGACUUUGGGUUUAGGACAUUAAAUAGUACUGCUGCAACAGAGUGAAACCGGGCACCGAAAUUCUGACUUUUGGGCAUUACAGGAAGCAGUUGACUCAACAGAUUUUCACUGAAACUUCAGAGAUCCUUUUUGAGAGACUUUCUAAACUGGGGUAGUUCAUAACUGCAUAAUUUUAGUUUUGUGUCACUACAGUGUGCCGAUGAAGCAUUGCACAGCAAAUUGAGACAUUUUAUGUUUUAAAUAUCCCAGUGGACAAAUUUGGCCUUCUCACAGGGGGAGAAAUGACUAAUGCAAAGAUUUUCUUGGGGUUUUUCAUUUGGAUGAUAGUGGUUAAGAAUUUUAAAGUAACAUUUUGACUUUUUCCUCACUACUUAAAAAUAGGAUUAUGUUGAUGCUGCCAGGAUGGAUUACAUUGCACCUCACUGGAGUUCAUUGUGACUUGAGUGGAUGGGUUGAGCUUUACUUUGAGCUGUUGAGCAGCACAGUCAGAUGUACCACUUAUCAAAAAUACUGUUCUUGGCCUUUUACUAUCAGACGGUCACAAUUUUUCUUAUGAAAAGAUUUUCUGUGCUGAAUGAUGCAUUGCUUAUGAGACCAUAAUUCAAAAAUUGCUCAUGUUUAAUAGCAGAAUCAAAAUUAGUAAUGUGCAAAAUUAACAUUUAAAGGAAGCUGAGCUACACUUAAUGUGCAUGAUGUUGAUUUUAUUGGAACAGUAUGGUUUUCUGGACCAUUUCAACACAUUCAUAAGGGUUAAUAUUUCUAAAUGUGUAUUACAUGGUGGGGGGGUUGUACUAUUAAGUACCCAUACAUGAGGCUUUGGAAUUAUGCUUAUAUCAACAGAAGUCAUAUGUCAUCUGAGGUUUUUUUUUGCACAGAAACGCAUUGCUUUUCC